UUCAAAGUGUGUCCAGAUUGCGCAGUUGAGUUGAUGAGAGUGUGCAGAACGCUUGUGAACACUCAUACUGCUGUGGGACUGAACACGGCCUGACGAUGAGAGGAUCUGUCGUGCUUUCACUCUGCGUCCUGAUCCAGCUGAGUCUACAAAACACAGUCAAAGCAGAGGAUGGACCUGUUUUGCAAACCAAGUUUGGGGCCCUGAAAGGUGUAUAUAUGAAAGCAAAGGGAAAGGACACAGUUGUCCAUUCCUACCUGGGUGUUCCAUUCGCCAAGCCGCCCGUGGGUCCUUUGAGAUUUUCUCCUCCACAGCCUGCAGAGAAAUGGGCCGGAGUGAGAGACUCUACAAAACAGCCCUUCAUGUGUCUGCAGGAAAAGCAGUUAAUUGUAGACUUAGUAGCCAAUCUAUCAUUGAAGUUAGAGGUUCCUGACUCAUCAGAGGACUGUCUUUACCUCAACGUCUACACACCCUCUAAACCUGGAGCAAAUGACAAGCUGCCUGUCAUGGUUUGGAUCCAUGGUGGAGGUCUGUCGAUGGCUGCUGCGUCACUGUUUGACGGACAUGUGUUGGCUGCCUAUCAGGAUGUAGUUGUGGUUCUGAUUCAGUACAGACUUGGCCUACUUGGAUUUUUCAGCACGGGAGAUGAACAUGCUCCAGGAAACUAUGGUCUUCUGGAUCAGGUCGCAGCUCUUCAAUGGGUUCAGGAGAACAUCCACAGCUUCGGUGGAGAUCCUGGAUCAGUGACCAUCUUUGGAGAGUCUGCCGGAGGAGUCAGUGUCUCUUUACAUGUUCUUUCUCCAUUAUCCUCAAACCUCUUCCAUCAUGCCAUCGCAGAGAGUGGUACGGCAGCAAUGGAUGCUAUCAUGAGUCCCAACCCUCUGCCAACAGCCCAAUAUGUAGGAAAUGCAUCUGGCUGUGAUAUUUCCAGCACAAAGAAGAUUGUAGACUGUGUGAUGCAGCUGACAGAAGACGACGUACUCACACUGGUUAAGGAGCAUCCAAUGGUUCGUUUUGGAGUGACGACGGAUGGCCAGUUCCUUCCCAAACCUGUAGAGGAGCUUCUUCAAUCCCAGCAGUUUAAUAAAGUGCCUCUGAUCAAUGGAAUCACGAAUGAUGAGAGUGGAUACAUGCUGCCCAAUUUCUUUUCACCAGAAGGAUGGACAGAUGGGAUGGACGUGGAGCAGAUCUUGCCAUUUUUGACCAUAUUUAACCCCACUCUUCAAGAUCAGUCCGUUGCUGAGCUUGUAUUAAAUGAGUAUUUAGGCACAUCCCCUGACAGGACUGAAAUCCGAGACGGUUUUCGAGAGAUGUUAGGAGACUUUUUGUUCAACAUCCCAGCUCGGAAGGUAGCGAAUUACCACAGAGAUGCCGGUGCUCCAGUAUACAUGUACGAAUUCCAGCACCCUCCAAGUGUACUUCAAAAGAAACGACCUAGUUUUGUUGGAAGUGACCAUGGAGAUGAAGUUAUAUUUGUGCUUGGUUUUUGCUUUGCAGAUGGACAUAUGAAACUGGAAGAGGAACUGUCAGAAGAAGAGAAUGAACUCUGUAGAACUGUCAUGGCUUACUGGGGAAACUUUGCUCGCACUGGGUCUCCGAAUGGUCCAGGCCUCACCAAGUGGCCUAAGUUUGGAGCUGAGGCUGAGUAUCUCAGCAUUGGACUGGAACAAAAACCUGGGAAAGACCUGAAGGGAAAACACUUCACUUUCAUGACUCAAACUCUUCCACAGAUCAUAAAAGAGCGAAAGGAAGGACCUCUAGUGCAAACAAAAUUAGGAUCUCUGAGAGGUGCCUUCUUGACUGUGAAGGGCAAGGACACAGUUGUUAAUAGUUAUCUAGGUGUACCAUUUGCCAAGCCCCCCGUGGGACCCCUGAGACUGGCUCGGCCCCAGCCUGCAGAGAAAUGGGACGGAGUAAGAGAUGCGACCAAACAGCCACUCAUGUGCAUCCAGGACAGGAAAGUUAGUAUCACUGAACUUAAGUUUCUCGGUAUGGAUGUGGAGAUUCCCGAGGUCUCGGAGGACUGCUUGUAUCUCAACAUCUACACUCCAGUCAAACCUGGCCAAGACACAAAGCUACCAGUGAUGGUUUGGAUUCAUGGUGGAGGACUUUCUCUUGGUUCAGCUUCAGUGUAUGACGGCUCCGUUCUGUCAGCGUAUCAGGAUGUGGUUGUGGUGCUGAUUCAGUACAGAUUGGGUCUGCUGGGAUUCUUUAGCACGGGAGAUGAACAUGCGCCAGGAAACUAUGGUUUUCUGGAUCAGGUCGCAGCUCUUGAGUGGGUUCAGGAGAACAUCCACAGCUUCGGUGGAGAUCCUGGAUCAGUGACCAUCUUUGGAGAGUCUGCUGGAGGAAUAAGUGUAUCCACGCUGAUUCUUUCACCAUUGGCUUCUGGUCUGUUUCAUCGUGCCAUUGCAGAAAGUGGGACGGCCUUGUGGGACGGUUUAGUGAUGGGCAAUCCUUUACUGAGGGCUCAGAACGCAGCCAAAAUAUGCAACUGUGACAGCAGCAGCUCAUCGAAGAUCGUCGACUGCAUCAUGCGCUGGUCCGAGGAGGAAGUUCUGCAAUGCUCUAAUCAGUUUGCGAUGAUGCACUUCAGUCUCGCUCUGGAUUCCUAUUUCCUUCCCAAACCUGUAGAAGAUAUCGUUCAGAAACAAGAGUUCAGUAAAGUUCCUCUCAUCACUGGAAUCACUGAUGAUGAGUUUGGCUUUUUACUGCCUGCAUAUUUUGGGGGUAAAGGAUGGAUUGAUGGGAUGAAUAAAGAGCAAGUCAUGAAGGGCCUGACCCUCACGUAUCCUGAUCCCAGGGAUCGAUGGAUCAUUGAUCUGGUGGCCAACGAGUACCUGGGCGACACAAGAGAUCCCAUUCGAGUCCGAGACAUUUACAGAGAGAUGAUGGGAGACGUGUUGUUCAACAUCCCUGCCCUCCAACUGGCAAAAUACCACAGCGCUUCAGGGGCGCCGGUUUACCUGUACGAGUUCCAGCAUCCUCCCAGUAUGAUCCAGAAGAACAGGCCCAGCUUUGUUGGUGUUGACCACGCAGAUGAACUCUUCUUCAUCCAGGGCACCUGCUUCGCUCAAGCCCACCUCAGAGCAACCGCUCCUUUCACAAAGGAAGAGGAAGAGCUGUGCAGGACUGUGAUGGGAUACUGGGGGAACUUUGCACACACCGGGUAAAAUAUCAGAAAAAAAACUUGAUUUAAUUCAUUGGGAAGUGAGAAACUGAAGUCAGCAGGGUA